UACAUCCGUGCUGGGGAUUUGUUUUGCUGAUGCUGGAUGUCAGAUUUUGCUGAAAAAAAAUCCCACCGUUUCUUCUUACUAGACAAAAUUUUGGACAUGAUCGAAUUAUUAUCUACAGAGGAGACGAAGAAGCGUUAUUAAACAGCGUCAUAGUUUAUUGGUUAUCGCUCCUCAUUAUUUAUCUAGCAACUCCGAGAGCAGACGGCGCUAGCUAGCAGGCUAACAAAGCUGGCAUUUACAGUGAAACACUUAGCUUGCAUGUCCAGCGCGUAAUUCGGUAGUUUUAAAGCAGACAUUAUAUUUAAAGGUUGCUAUUGUGAGUUUAAGAGUUAAAACAUGGGUUAGCUAGAGUUAGCUAUUUUCCGUCUAUGUCCUAUAUUUGCAUUUUUACCACCAGCUGAGCUAGCUUUACAUUAUUUGCAGUUAGCCUUUUCAUAUUCCUGAAAAUUGAAGACAGCCAGAGAACUGCUAUCCGUGGAGGUUUGAUGUGUUGGGCUGUCACUUGCACUUCCCCAAAGCAAGCCAUGCUAUGAUGGUGCUACGGCGGCUACUGAGAAAGCGCUGGGUGCUGGGAGUCGUCUUUGGACUCUCCCUCAUCUACUUUCUGACCAGCACACUCAAACAGGAGGAGCGGACCAUACGAGACCGCACACUCUUAGAAGUUAGAGAUUCAGAUCAUCGCAUCCCCUGGAAAGUCCGCUUUAACCUGGGGAACAGCGUUCAACAUGAAAACACGUACCGAAACCCUCAAGCAAAGUACUGCUAUGGUGAGAGUCCUCCAGAACUUCUGCCUGUAUGAGCCUAUUUGACUUUCUUCUGGUGUUUAGUAAUCGAAGAGCAAUGGGAUAGCAAUUGACAAAUAAGGGUGUUUGUUGAAGAGAUGGUGCAUAUGAAAUGCUUGGACAAUUUUGCAAUAUUGUGGCAAAGAGAUGAAGGAAUCCAAGACCAACCUCAAAAAGGACAAAACGCUGUAUGCUUUCUUUUUUCCUUUUUUUUAAAAAAUUAUUUACACUUCAUAAGUGCAUAAUACGCUUUAUCCGUUCAUCCGUGAUGAUCAUCAGGUCUACUUAGCAGGCAGCUCAUCCAUCAACAUUUGCUUCAAACAAGUCAUAAAGUCAUGUCAUAAAAUCAAAUGAACCUUUCUGUUUUGUUCUGAACAUUUUAAAAUGGCAAAGAAUGUGUCCUAACCUCUGUGUAUAAUGCAUGCAGAUGAAAUGCUUAUUUAAUAAAAGGGACUGUGAAACUGAA